GCCCGAAAGAAAGAAUCUUCCUUUGUUCGUUCGUUCGUUCCCAGAUGACUCAACAACCCCUUUCUCUCUUUCCACUCAAAUCACACUCAAACCUUUCUUCACUCUCGAUUUCGCGCUUUUGCUGAUUACUGUCAAUCUGGAGCUGAAACUUUCUUCAUGAUCAUGCAAAACCCCGCGCUCGAUCCGAAAGAUCAGAGAUAGGUUGAAAUUCCGCCUGUCAAAUAGUGUACCGGAAGUAGAGGAAGACCUAAAAAAACUAUAAGAGAAGCUAUUAACGAUUGGAUAGAAGUAUGGUACUAGAUAAAAAUAUUAUGACGAAAGUUGAUCCAUGUAGCCGACACCACUUAGUGUGAUAAGGCUUGAUUGUUGUUGUUUUGUAAUUCAAGUUUUGAUACCAAUUUACUGGAUAGUGGACACAUCACAUUCUAGGACUUUGUGAGAGUAAAAAAUAGGAAGAUAAUGAUGUCACCGUGUAGGUCCUUCGUCUAUACUUAUUUUCUCUAUGUAAAUUGAUAAUUGAGUGGAAGUUGUUUGAGAUUUGUCUGUUAGGAGGGUUACUUCCUCCAUGGAGGAUUCCAAUGCAAUGACUAUUGAAUUCCUGCGAGCGAGGUUGCUUUCUGAAAGGUCUAUCUCAAGGAGUGCUAGACAAAGAUUGGAUGAAUUGGAAAAAAAGGUCGUGGAAUUGGAGGAACAGCUUAGGACGGUGACUCUUCAACGGAAGAUGGCUGAGAAGGCCACUGCAGAUGUUCUUGCCAUUUUGGAGGAUCAAGGGAUAAGUGAUGCAUCGGUAGAGUCAGACUCAAGCUCAGACAUUGACAUUCCUUGUGAAUCUGGUAUUAGUAAUGAUUCUUCUAAAGAGGGUGAGAGAUAUACAGGCUCAAAAGGGAGACAACAUGGGUCAGAUGAAAUGUAUGGUUCUUGUAUGAAUUCUUCACCGGUAUUCAUUAGAAGUUUGUCUUGGAAAGGACGUCAUGAUUCUCCCCGAUCUCUUGAAAAAUACAAGAAUUCUAAUAUGAGAAGGCAAAACAGUUUUUCAUCUGCCAAUUCUUCUCCUAAGCAUCACCAUGGAAAGUCAUGUCGCAAGAUAAGACAUAGACUAAACAGGUCAGCGAUGGAGGAAUCCAAUGAUAAGUCUGUCAAUGAUGACUGCAACGAAAAUGCAUUUGUUUCCUCUUCUGAAGGAUAUCCAAAGAUUUCAAUUGCUGGGUCUAACAUCCCGAGAAUAGAGUCUAAAAUUCCUGAAGAGGAUGAAUCAGAGGUUAACCAAGUGAACAAAAAUCACCACGUAGAUGAAUAUGGAAGAGAGGAGGACAUGGAAAAGGCACUUGAACACCAAGCUCAACUUAUUGACCAGUUUGAAGCAAUGGAGAAGACUCAGAGAGAGUGGGAAGAUAAAUUUAGAGAGAAAAACAGCACAACACCGGAUUCAUAUGAUCCGGGGAAUCACUCGGAUAUGACUGAAGAUAAAGAGGAAAGCAAGGAUCAGAUUCCAUACUCUUCUAAAGUGGUCACACCAAAUGCUCAAGAGUAUAAAUCAGAGCCCGGAGGUGUCAAAUCAUCUGAAGUAUUCAAAUUUGAGGCCAGAGAUGUAAUGCCGAAAUCACAUGAUGACACAAGAGGUUACAACAACCAGAAUAACUCAACUCUCCGAACCUCCAGUUUAGUUGGUCAAGAAAAGUCACAUUCACCGCUUAGUGGAAACCGAAAUGAGAGCUCAAAAAAUCAUAAUCAUCAGUCUUCUGAGACAAACAAUCACGAUCCACGCGGCCAUGGUCACCCCGGUUCCAAGCCAUCUUUUCCGAAUGUUAUUCAGGGUGGUUUGCACCAAAAGGAUGAUGCUUCAAGAAACAAAAAUGAUCUCUAUGCAUUAGUUUUUCACAAACAAUCUCAUGAGUUCAAUGGGGUACUUGAAUCACUUAAGCAAGCUAGGACAUCCUUACAGCAUGAGCUUAAUAGGUUGCCACUGGUAGAGAGUAGUAAAGCCAUUAAACCAUCUACUUUUGUCGGUAAAAGUGAGGGUAGAUUUGAAAUCCCUGUUGGAUUUUCUGGUCUCUUCAGACUACCAACAGAUUUUUCUGAUGAAGCAUCUUCUAGAUUUGGUGUUCAUGAUUCAACUGCUGGAUUUGGUUCAAACCUUUAUCAUUAUAAUAGAGGCAUGUCUAGAACUUCUGAUGGUCAAUUUAUCACCAAUCCCUAUCACGGCGCAGCAAGGAGCUUAUCUGCAGUUGAUCAAUCUCAUGCGACCCGAUACUUGGAAAAUGGGCCGAUAUCUGAUUCUAAAAAGUCCCAUUUUGAUCCCUUUUCAAAUGGAGGAGGCCCACCUUAUUCUAGCCAACCCAUGUAUCAUCCCUCAUUUCCCAUCAAUCCGUCCUAUCACAUUACAUCGUCGAAUGGAGGAGGCCCGCCCAAUUCUAGCCAACCCAUGUAUCCCUCAUUUCCCAUCAAUCCGUCCUAUCACAUUACAUCCUCGAAUGGAGGAGGCCCGCCCAAUUCUAGCCAACCCAUGUAUCCCUCAUUUCCCAUCAAUCCGUCCUAUCAUAUUACAUCGCCAAAAUCGCCGCAGAUGCCAUUUGGUGGUGAACUUUCAAAACCUUAUUCAAGUAGAACAGUUGGGUUUCCCCAUGACGAUCCUUUCUCAUUUCAUGGUGACCAUUUAAGAUGAACCCUGUAUAUAAUUCCAUAGCUUGCUAGCAGCUUCGACCAUUCUGUUAGAGCGAUAAUGUUAUUGUCCUGUAUCAUGUAUGUACAAGGACCAUUUUGCAGGUGAUUCUAUGAAUUCCCUCUAGUUUUAUUGUGAUGAUAUUUAUUUUGUGACAAAAUAUCAUAAAAUCUUCUACUUGUACGGUCUGUUCAUAUUGCAUGCAGCACUCAAAUAAAUUAUCAAAUUGGUCCUUGUAUUAGCAAGGUUUCUCAAA